ACCAACAAAUGACCAAUUAAAAAGUUCGUUUACUAGGGAAGGCUGAGCGCCAAGGACGAGGAGUAUUUGUUGUGUACUCCGCCGGUAAUAAACUGAUAACACCAACACAAACGCGAACGAGUGAAAAUAGCGUCAAAACAGCCAUAGAAAUGGACGGAGAACUGCCGCCGGCAUCGGCUCCGGCUCCACCGUCCAUCCAUCCUGCCGUAACACCGCUAUCAUUCUUACUCGGAACAUGGAGAGGCAAAGGCGACGGUGGAUUCCCUACCAUUAAUUCCUUCUCUUACGGCGAGGAACUUCACUUCUCCCAUUCCGGCAAGCCAGUGAUUUCCUACAGUCAAAAGACUUGGAAACUCGAUUCUAAAGAGCCAAUGCAUGCUGAGAGUGGCUAUUGGCGUCCCAAGCCCGAUGGUACCAUUGAGGUAGUCAUCGCUCAAAGUACUGGUCUUGUUGAAGUUCAGAAAGGAACCUUUAAUGCAGAAGAGAAAGUGAUAAAGCUUCAAAGUGAACUUGUGGGAAAUGCUUCUAAGGUGAAAGAAAUAAGCAGAGUGUUUAAAUUGGUGGAUGGAGAACUUUCCUACGUGGUUCAGAUGGCUACUGCCUUAACCAGUCUUCAACCACACUUGAAAGCCUUGCUCACUAAAGUUUGACGCAAUAAAAUAAGGUUAAAUCAUAUAAAAAAAUAUCCUUCUAACCCUUUUAUUUAUUUUAAAAUUACUCUUAAUACUUCUAAAAGUUUGCAAUAGUAUCCUUAAAUUUUCAUAAACGUUUUGAAAA